UAAAAAUUUCAAAAUUAUUGUCGGGUAAACAGUUUUGGCCCUUAUUUUAAAACUUGCAAAUUCCAAAUUCUCAGUAACUCAAGGGCAAAGCGCGCUAAUCAAGAUGACCAUGCGACUGAAUUUGCAUCAUAUACUGAAGAAUCAGCUGCGCGAUUCUGUGGGAGAUUCGGAUAGCCAAGAGCAAGCGCACUUGGCCCAAAAAGCUGCGCUGCGGCUUGGGCCCGACAGGCUGGGCGCUCCCUAUGCUAGUUACUUUGCACAAAAGCCCGAUAUGCGCACUAGAGUGCAAUCCAUGAUGCAUAACAUACAUCAGCAUAUGAAAACUACGGCGCCGCCGCGCAAGUCAGUGCCUGCUAUACCAGCGGCCAUCGCUGAGAUUCCAGUACCACCCACUGACGUUGCUGCAUCAAAGAAAGGCAAACGUAUUAAGGGUGGUGGUGUAUCGAAGAACAGUCUGCCCAUAUCACAGAUCAAAGCGCGCUUGAAUCAUCAGUCCCAGCAGGUUUUGAGACGCGGCCUGGGCGACAUGGGUCAGAAAAACUUUGCCAAUCAGCGUCGCAUCAGAGAAGUGUUGUUGCAAAAGUCUGUGCUGGAAAAUAUGUUAUUACAACACAAGAGACUGCAGCGCGAUAGGCAAACUAUAGCGUUGGAUAUACAGCGUAUGCGUCAGGAUCUGGACAAGAUCAAAAAUAAAUUGGACACAUCUAUACAAGCAUUGAACUCUACGCGCACCAUGUAUAACGGCAUGUCGAAAAGCAGAAAGAAUUUAUUGCCAAUGGCCUUACCAAUUGCAAGUACUCCAAAGCUACCGCGCAUAAAUAGUAAAGCCACAAGCAGAAGCCCUGGCGGCAAGUCAAGCAACAUUAUUACAAAGCGCCAGCACUCGGCAUCGCCGCCGCGUCGACGUCGUCAUUAAAAGUUCAACUGCUCACAACACUUUGAAUUUCUGCAACUAACUGCGACAGUGCUGCCAACUCUUUGAAAAUCAUGUGGCGGCAGCUCAAUUGGCCA